AUGGGGGAAUGGACUAUACUAGAGAGGCUCCUGGAGGCUGCUGUCCAGCAGCACUCCACGAUGAUCGGCAGGAUCCUGCUCACGGUGGUGGUCAUCUUUCGGAUCCUGAUCGUGGCCAUCGUGGGGGAGACGGUGUACGACGACGAGCAGACCAUGUUCGUGUGCAACACGCUGCAGCCGGGCUGUAACCAAGCGUGCUACGACAAGGCCUUUCCCAUCUCCCACAUCCGCUACUGGGUCUUCCAGAUCAUCAUGGUGUGCACGCCCAGCCUCUGCUUCAUCACAUACUCCGUGCACCAGUCCGCCAAGCAGAAGGAGCGCCGCUUCUCCACCGUCUACCUGACCCUGGACAACAAGGACCAAGACUCGCUCAAACGGGACGAGAGCAAAAAGAUCAAGAACACCAUCGUGAACGGAGUGCUCCAGAACACGGAGAACUCCACCAAAGAGGCGGAGCCGGACUGUCUGGAGGUGAAGGAGAUCCCCAACUCGGCCAUGAGAACUACCAAGUCGAAAAUGCGGCGGCAGGAGGGCAUAUCGCGCUUCUACAUUAUACAGGUGGUGUUCCGGAACGCGCUGGAGAUAGGCUUCCUCGUGGGCCAGUACUUCCUGUACGGCUUCAACGUGCCCUCCGUGUACGAGUGCGACCGCUACCCGUGCAUCAAAGACGUGGAGUGCUACGUGUCCCGCCCCACGGAGAAGACCGUGUUUCUGGUCUUCAUGUUUGCCGUGAGCGGCUUCUGCGUGGUACUCAACCUGGCUGAGCUCAAUCACUUGGGUUGGAGGAAAAUCAAAACAGCCGUGCGAGGCGUACAGGCGCGCAGGAAGUCCAUCUACGAGAUCCGGAACAAGGACCUGCCCCGGAUGAGUGUGCCCAACUUCGGGCGCACUCAGUCCAGUGACUCUGCGUACGUGUGA